CGCGCCCCGGGCAGGAGAGGCUCCGUGCGGGGGGCUCCGAGGAAGGCGGCGAGCGGAGCCGGACCCCAGCCUCAUCAUGGGCCAUAACCGGAGCUGGGUCUCCCAAACCGCAAGCGAGCCGCGCAACGCGUCCAGCGGGGAGGCAGCGGGCGCCAACCGCAGCACGCUCGGGGACUUCGGCGAGGCGCAGCUGUACCGCCAGUUCACCACCACCGUGCAGGUCGUCAUCUUCAUAGGCUCGCUGCUCGGAAACUUCAUGGUGUUAUGGUCAACGUGCCGCACAACUGUGUUCAAAUCUGUCACCAACAGGUUCAUUAAAAACCUGGCCUGCUCGGGGAUUUGUGCCAGCCUGGUGUGUGUGCCCUUCGACAUCAUCCUCAGUACCAGUCCUCACUGUUGCUGGUGGAUCUACACCAUGCUCUUCUGCAAGAUUGUCAAAUUUUUGCACAAAGUCUUCUGCUCUGUGACUAUCCUCAGCUUCCCUGCCAUUGCUUUGGACAGGUACUACUCAGUCCUUUAUCCUUUGGAGAGAAAAAUAUCUGAUGCCAAGUCCCGUGAACUGGUGAUGUACAUCUGGGCCCAUGCGGUGGUGGCCAGCAUCCCUGUGUUUGCAGUGACCAAUGUGGCCGACAUCUAUGCUAUGUCCACCUGCACGGAGGUCUGGAGCAACUCCUUGGGCCACCUGGUGUACGUGCUAAUCUAUAACAUCACCACGAUCAUUGUGCCUGUGGCUGUGGUGUUCCUCUUCUUGAUAUUGAUCCGACGGGCCCUGAGUGCCAGCCAGAAGAAGAAGGUCAUCAUAGCAGCGCUUCGGACCCCACAGAACACUAUCUCUAUCCCCUACGCCUCCCAGCGGGAGGCCGAGCUGCACGCCACUCUGCUGUCCAUGGUGAUGGUCUUCAUCUUAUGUAGCGUGCCCUACGCCACGCUGGUCGUCUACCAGACUGUGCUCAAUAUCCCCGACACAUCUGUCUUCUUGCUGCUCACUGCCAUUUGGCUGCCCAAAGUCUCUCUGCUGGCGAACCCUGUGCUCUUUCUUACUGUGAACAAAUCUGUCCGCAAGUGCUUGAUAGGGACCUUGGUGCAACUGCACCACCGGUACAGUCGCCGCAAUGUGGUUAAUACAGGGGGCGUGGCUGAUGCCAGCCUGGAACCCAGCGUGCGCUCGGGCAGCCAGCUCCUGGAGAUGUUUCACAUUGGGCAGCAGCAGAUCUUUAAGCCCACAGAGGAUGAGGAAGAGAGCGAAGCCAAGUAUGUUGGCUCAGCUGACUUCCAGGCUAAGGAGAUGCUCACUACCUGCCUAGAGGAAGAACAGGGGCCUCAGUUUAUACCCCUGGCACCACCCCUAGGCCCAGUGGACUCUAUAUCCCAGGUGGCUCCUGCAGCCCCUGUGGAACCUGAAACAUUCCCUGACAAGUAUUCCCUGCAAUUUGGCUUUGGGCCUUUCGAGCUGCCUCCUCAGUGGCUCUCAGAAACCCGAAACAGCAAGAAGCGGCUGCUUCCCCCUCUGGGUAACACCCCAGAAGAACUGAUCCAGACAAAGAUGCCCAAGGUAGGCAGGGUGGAGCGGAAGAUGAGCAGAAACAACAAAGUGAGCAUUUUUCCAAAAGUGGAUUCUUAGUAAGGAUUGCAAAUUUGGAAGCAGCAGGGAGCUUCUCUAUUCCCGCCAUCCCUUCACUCUGGCAGUCGAUUUGUGUGAUCGCGUUCAGCCCUCUAUGGGUUGGUUCCUCCCGUAUGGGCCAAAUGUUUUUGAGUGAAAGGGAAAUCUAUAUAGAAUCAAAUGCCCUCUUUCUUGAGGGAGUAUACACAUUAAUCUCAGUGAUCCAGAAAGUCCACAUUCUUCUCUGUGGGAUGAAAGCUAAGCAGUUUUGGAACAGUCUUGGGGUGCUCUUCAUGUGCAUUUCCGGGGACCUCUUUACUUCCCUGGGCUCAGCAGAGAACUCACAGAGAGAAAAGUGUCUACCAGCUCAGAAGGAGCAGGGGCACUCCAAGGGAAGCCCAAGAUAAUUAUGGAGUGGAGCAGCUACAAAGAAUCUGCCUAUUUGAUCGUCUUAAUGACAAAUAGGAAAACCUUUUAUACUGAGAAGAUAGGGAGCUGGCCUCUGACACUGUUUCCCUGGAAGCCCCAAUCAUAAGACUCACCAUUGCUCUGAAUCCUUUAUCCCUUUCACUGGGAAACAGGUAAAGGAUGACUAUUCCAUUCGUAUUCAGCAGCCAUGGCAAUAGAUGUGCCUGGGAGUCAGGGGGGUACUUUGUCCUUGGUUAUCCUGAGAUUCUCUUAGCAUCACGAAGGCCUUGGAAAGUUACAGCUGCACACACCAGUCAUGGUCUGUGCUGAGGGGAAAACACUGCAGGCUCUUCACUGUGUCUUUCUCCUUCAAUUGUGGUUUCUCAGCAAAUGAGAAAGAAGCUUAGAGGUUCAGAACAAAAAAUGAUUGAGCAAUGCCCUCAGCAUGCUAGUCCUUUCUCUUUCAUGUGAUCUCAUGUGAAAGGUGCUACAUAACAAUCUGUAUGAGCAAAGUAAGCUGAAAAUAAAUCAUCUUAUGCAAAUUUUUGGAAUAAAAAACUGCAGAGUUAGUAAAAGUAGAAACAUGAAGCUAAAAAUACUUGGUUAGGAAAGCUGAUUCUGCCCAAAAGACUGGCAAGCGUCUGGCAAAGAUGGCUUUAUUCCGAUGAGGACUCAAGAACCCAGGCAUGGCCAGUCUCAUUUUUCAGACUGUGCAGCUGAGGUUCUUCCUUUCACUUUAGACAGAGGAGACACAGAACAAGAAGGAAUAAUGAAUCACUGUGAAAUGCUAAGGCAACACCUAGCUCAGGUGAGCGCUUCAGUUCCUCCUUCUCAGUGAAGUUUAUGUUGGAGCCAGAGUAGGUAGGAGGAGGACACUGUUCUCCAGUAACUAGUCUCACAAUCAGCUCCAGUCCACUCUGGAUUGGAUUUCACCAGGCUGAAUUCACACCACAGAUGUCAUCUCAUUGUCCAUGAGGGCCAAACAAGUGCCAGCUCUUCUCUUCUUUUGAAGAUGUUUUUGUUCUUACUAACAGUACUUGGAGGAGCCAACCCAGUGCCUUGAGCAAGCUUGAAGGGAAGGGGUGUCUUCACUGGCAAACUUCCACACCCCAAAGGCAGUGGUCCUUACACAUCCCUCUGUUAAUCACCCUGGACCAUUGUCCCUUGGAGGAAGCUUAGACCAAGUGUAGGGAGUUUCCUUUUCCUUUCUUCUCUUGGGUGUGGUGUCUAGUGUUUCCUGAGUGUGAACCCAAGGACCCUACCCCUUGGAGAGGAAGUGCCUUCCUCUUUGUGUUUGUCUCCUUCAGUGUUGUUGGCUCACAGCAGAAACAGGGGACCACCGCAUCCUUUCUGGCCCCUGCUGGACCCUGUGUGCAUGCCGUCUUUAACUCCUUGCCCUGAUAGUUCGUGUUGUGGCCUCUCAAGCUUAUCUUUCAAAAUUCUCACAAUUGUUACAACUUUUAUCAAGGGAAACAAUAAUCUGCCAGAAAAUAGUGUCCACUUUAGAAGAAUCUGUCAAAUGUAGCCUAUUUGGUGUCGUUCUUAUCCUAUAUAUGUACAACUUAAUAAAUUCUGAUGAGGCAGAAUUUGGUUGGGUAUAUUCCUUAUUAUGUUUGAAGCAGAUGGUUGACUUCUCACAAGUCAUUGCCAGGUGUAUUUCUAUACUCUUUGAAGAAAAACAUUUUAAUAAAAUAUUGAA